AUGGUGGACCUGUUCGUUGACCGGGUCCUGGUAAAGAACAACAGGGACCAGGAUGAGCUGGACACAGAGCGUGAGAUUGUCAUGCGCCUGCAGAACCGCAUCCUGAUGCUCUUCUUUGCAUCUGCUGCCUGUGAGAGCUGCCAGCAGUUUGCGCCCACGCUCGCCGACUUCUUCAAACGCUUGACAGAUGAAUCCUAUGUGGAUCGCUCUGCUCAGCUGGUUCUCCUGUACAUUAGUUUGGACGAGUCAGAGGACGAGCAAGAAACCUUUCUCAAAGAGCUGCCCAAGAGGUGCCUGUUCCUGGCCUACGAGGACCCCUACAGGAGGGAGCUGGAGGCCAUGUUUAAUGUGGAGGAGCUGCCCACUGUGGUGGUGCUGCGUCCCGACUGCUCCAUCCUCAUCCGUAAUGCAGUGGAGGAGAUACUCAGCCUCGGCCCAGACUGCUACCGCAACUGGCAGGAAGCAGCAGAGCUCAUCGACAGGAGCUUUAUGAUCAGUGAGGACUUUGAGCAGAAGUCCAUGCGCAGCUGGACUGACCCUGUGAGGAGACUGAAGUACAAAGUGGAAGAUGAGAAGAAGAAAAAGAAG